UUUAUAUUAUGUAGGAUGAUGCACUUAAUCUAAUAAUAGCUCAUAGUUGAAUAAUAUAUAAUCAUAUAAGUGGUUUUGUGGGAGAAAAUCUAGUAAUAUCACAUUGAAUCUCAUAAUGAUAAAUCAUUUUGUUAUGUUCACUCGCAUUAUUUCAGAUUAAUCAAAACCGCAUGUCAUUAAAUGAAAUAAUAACCACAUGGAAAAAUAACCGGUGACCUCAAAGAGGUGGUUUGCUUCAAAGUUGUUAUCAAUUGGAUUAUAACGUCCGAGAAUAUGUUUUGCCGGCUUGGGGACACUUAACAGUUAUGUAAAUUACAUUCAAGGACGAACUUUGUUCAAGUUGUCUCGCGUCUUAAAAUAAAACGAAUGACUACAUUAAAAACCGUGCGAGUUCGUUACCGGGGUUUUUUCUUUAAAUUCUUUGAAAUUGUGGGAUUUACUCAAAUUUAACCGAUAAAACCACAACUUGCUAGAAAGUUUAUCGAGAAAUGAAAAAAGGAAAUUGAUUUGAGAUGAUUGUAGUACUAAGUAACAUUUUUUGCAAUGUGAAUAUUUUUUACGCUACUUUUUAUGAUGGUACUUUUGAACUACUCCAUGGUUGCCAAACGUAUUCUUUCCAAAAGGGAAAACUGGAUCUGUAACAAAAUUAUUUAAAAAAUUAUAAAAAAGCAUUUUAAACAACAGGAAAUAAUUAGACAAAAUUAAUGAGCGAUACCAGUUUAUCUACAUAAAAACUAAAAAAUUCUAAAUUAAAAAAAAUUAAAUACAUUAAUGGUCCUUAUUAUAGUAUAGUAACUUUUUAAAAUGUUUAUUAACGUAUUUUAUUGAAUUAAUAUAAUAUUAAUUUACUAUUGUUAUUUUUUACAGUAUUAUAAAAACAACUAUAUUCUAUAAAAUAUAUAAAAUACAACUGAUAUCAAAGAAAUACUAAUAUGUACAGUAUGGGUGAUUUACGACGGAAAGAUCUUUGCAAUUUGUGUUCACACACACAAGUCUGAGAAUAUUUUAGAAAAAUUAAGAUAAGUUAAUUAAAUUUACUCUUUGAUGCGAACAUAUAUUUUUUAAUUUUUUCACUUUUAACAUAAUUAAAAAUUCUAAAAUCUUUUUCAAAGAGUUCAUUUUAAUAAGUUGCUAUAAUUUUGACCACUGCCGAAUUUUAAAUAUAUACAGUGGUAGAAAAAUAUAUGGAAUAUUUUUAAAAAUGGCUUUUUGUCCUCAGGGAUUUUUCAUAUCUGUUGUAAUGGUGUUAAAUGAAGUGGUUUCUAAUGAAACACUUAACCCCCGAUCUAAGUCUGUUACUGUUAAUUUUUUAUGAAUAUUUUCAUACUUUUUUCCUGACCAAAUUGAAUUUUUAUUAAGAAAAUCAGUAAAGACAUCUGUAACAACUAAAUAAAUAUUCCAUAUUUUUUUCCAUCGCUGUAUUUAAUCUUGGCUGCUUCUGUAAAACUAAUAUAUAACUAAAAGUUAUAUAUUAUGAUUUGCAACUGAAUACUUAGACCUAUCUAACUUAUAAACUCAAAAAGUAUAUUAAAUGUCAAUUUGUCACUGUAAUUGUAAAAAUUGAAAAUUGUCAUUAAUUUACAUAACCUCAAAAAUAUAAACUGUCAAUGAAAUGUAACGUCAAAUUGACAAUUCACAAUAUUAUAGAUAAAAUAAACUUAGAUCAUCUUGCGACAAAUGAAAGGUAGUCAGGACUCUUAUAAAUUGUUCAAAGUUCUAAUACAAUACGAUUUACUUAUGGAGGAACAAUCCCCAACCGAAAUAUAUAAGAGAAGCAUCGGCAACAUGGCGCGAGUUGAGCGCAAGUUACACAUGGCGAUCGACGUAGUUGGAUGUCUAUGAGCGCGCGCCCGUCCGCCACAUGACAGCCGCUCUCGUAGUGGGGGGACUAGUUUCUCUUUCUAUUACUUUCGAGCGUGGUGGCAUCCUGGUGCCCUAAAUUUUUGUGACGAUUGCACCGCGAAAAAAAACCCAAAUACGAAUCUGUCAUCCGAAGUUUGACUGCCAGAACGUGUACCGGUCGAACGUAGCACCCGAUUAACGUGACUAUUAUGAAUUUUGAGGAUUAUGAAACACUACCAACAAACAAUGUAGGUACGCAUAUGAUUGCCGGAGCGAUCGCAGGGAUCAUGGAACAUUGCGUAAUGUACCCGCUCGACUCGGUCAAAACCCGGAUGCAGAGCCUAGUCACGUCCGGGCGGGAAGGCAUCAGCGAAACGCUGCUCAGGAUGAUCCGGCACGAGGGCAUGCUCAGGCCAGUCAGGGGCAUGUCUGCAAUGGUUGUUGGUGCUGGACCCUCACAUGCCUUGUACUUUAGCAGUUAUGAAUACCUGAAAAACACACUUGUAAAGUACAGUAGUAGUGAAAAAUAUCAUACGGCCGUUUAUGGAGCCUCAGGAUGUAUAGCAACAUUACUACACGACGGAAUCAUGAACCCUGCGGAAGUGGUGAAACAACGAAUGCAAAUGAUCAACUCCCCCUACAAAUCGGUGCUGCAGUGCGUCUCCCACGUGUACAAUACUGAAGGACCUCGAGCUUUCUACCGAUCCUACACCACCCAGCUGACAAUGAAUGUACCCUUCCAGAGCAUCCACUUUAUGGUCUACGAAUUCGCUCAAAAGAUAACAAACAAGGAGGGCACGUACAACCCCACCGCCCACAUGCUGAGCGGCGCACUGGCCGGCGCCGUCGCCUCGGCCAUCACCACACCCCUGGACGUGUGCAAGACGCUGCUGAACACGCAACAGACAGGCAACCCCACGGGCCUGGUGCAGGCGGUCAAGACCGUUUACAGGUUGGGCGGUCCGGGCGCCUACUUCAGGGGCAUGCAGGCGCGUGUCAUGUAUCAAAUGCCGGCGACCGCGAUCUGCUGGUCCACCUAUGAGUUCUUCAAAUAUCUGCUUGGUAACGCACCUGAGGUGAGACAAGUGAUAGCCCCGAUAAUAGAGGAAAAACCAAUAAAACUCGAAGCGCCAGCGAUGGCGGAAAAGAUCAAUCUGAAACCGAGCCUGCCGCCGCGGGAGCUGCCCGCCAUGUCCGGUGCCGGCCUCUACGGCUCAAUCUCGUUCAACACGAUGCACAACGCCGACACCACCUUUAACCGCCGACAGAAGGACACGAUUUUGGACAUUGUACACACAUAGUUCCAUUGAAAUUUUGUUUUAUGAUUUUAUUGUAAGUAUUAUUACGCCCAGUCACCGUUGUUGAAUAUGUUCGUUUUCUAUUUUAUUUUUAUCGGUUUUGAGAAAUUGUACAGAUGUAUUAUACUUAGUGCCGAUCUAUCUUACCAGUUGUAAAAUAUCUAUUUUAGGUAAAGAAGAUUUGUUGGCCUGGUAAGGUAGCAACGCAAACCAAAAACAAAAAAAACAUUGUUGACAAUACGAAGCACAUAAGUGUCAUAUCUUUAAGGUUUAGAUCUAUGACUUAAAUUGUACUACUCAUUUUCGAAAUUACCACAAACAAAACAAAAGCAAAAUAAAUCAGGAAGAAUCGGAAUCCUGGUGGUGCCGCUGGUGCGUUCUUCCUGGUUUUUUUAAACGACGUAUGUUAAGAAUAAAUUGACUAGUCAUAUAUAUUUUAGUGAAGUUUGAAAUUUAUGAUCGCGCUUUUUUUUUAAUUUUCACGUUCGGAUGCUUGUUAAUUUUUAUUGGUUCGUCUCCAUUUCAACCGAGACAUUGGAGUGAGUUUUUAUGUCAAUUAUAUUCUACCAUUGUUUAUGUACAUCACCUGUUUUUGUAUGUUAAUUUUUAUUGUUUAUUUAACAUUUAAAUUGUAUAACUUGUUCUGUGAAUACUUUUCAAUUUUGAAGUGAGAUGAAAACGCAAUUGUUGAUACGAGCAUGACUAAAAUUAUUUAUUUUUUAAACGCCCUAAGGGUGACUUGGAAUUAUACAUAUAUGAUAGCCGAUACUUCCUCUGAUUAAAUAAAAAGAGCGUUUGAAAUGUGAUGUCGAGAGUAGUGUAAACAAUUAAUGUACAUAUUAAGGGACUCUUGGUUUGCAUCCAAAUCUCAUUGUCAAUUUAAAAUGAAGGAAUUCUAAAAUGAAAUUUACUAUGUAUAUAAUGUGAAAAGUUAGUGAUUGGCCGCUUUAAAGGGGUGCAAACCGAUUUUUUUAGUUAUUUUGUAGCUUGCCAUAAUUUGAUUGGAUAACAAAUCAGAUGUUGGUCGACGGUUUUGAUGGGAGAUGUUCUAUUUAUGAUUUAUUUCGAUAAUAUUUCCGGCUAGGUAUUAUUUUCCGCCGGAAACGUUGUCGAAUAAUCUAACUGCAGAAUAUAUAAAAUUUGAUGUGAAUCUUGAAAAUGAACACGAUUAUCAAAACAGAAUUUAUUUGAGUUUUGUGUAUUUUGCAAGUGUAGGAUUAACUGAAACUAUUUACUAUUACUGAGUACUAUUAUGAGAGUUUAUUUUUAUUUUUUGUUUAGUGCUCUGUAUUGGUCAUCACAGAUGACGCUGUUUAGGCUGUGAUAAAGUCCUUAUCAACUUUUUUAUGUAUGAUAUUGACUUCGUUCAGAUGGGAGUACUAUCAUAUACCUCUUUGAUUUAAUUAGGAGUUCUUUUGCAAAGUAACUUCCUAUUAUUGUUGUGAUAAGGGACCUUGUCACUGACAUUAUGUACAUCCGUUAGUUUGUGUAUAUUUUUGUUUUUUUAAUAUAAAAUUUAUAAAAAAACACAAACUUUAUUUAAAUAUAAUAAUGUUACCGAA